CCGGUCCGUGCGUUGCGGCGUGUCUAUGGUUUGCACGCGGUGGCCUCUGGGAAGGCGGAGGAGUUAUGGCCUAGGGGCUGGCCGCGCGCGCGUAGCUGGCCUGGGAGCGGAGCGGAGUGGGGCGGUGGCGCGGGGGGACCCGCUGUGUCUAAGUAAUUAAGAUGACAACAGCGGCUAGGCCAACAUUUGAACCUGCAAGAGGAGGAAGAGGAAAAGGAGAAGGAGAUUUAAGUCAGCUCUCCAAACAAUAUUCCAGCAGAGAUCUUCCUUCUCAUACUAAAAUUAAAUACAGACAGACCACUCAGGAUGCCCCCGAGGAGGUGCGUAAUCGUGACUUCAGAAGAGAACUGGAGGAGAGAGAACGAGUUGCUGUAAGAGAAAAGAACAGAGACAGACCAGCAAGAGAGCACACCACGUCCUCUUCGGUGUCUAAGAAACCUCGAUUAGAUCAGAUUCCUGCAGCAAACCUUGAUGCAGAUGAUCCACUCACAGAUGAAGAUGAUGAAGACGAGGAUUUUGAUGAAGAGAGUGAUGACGAUACUGCAGCUCUUCUGGCUGAACUAGAAAAAAUCAAAAAAGAGAGAGCUGAAGAACAGGCCCGAAAGGAGCAAGAGCAAAAGGCUGAAGAAGAGAGGAUUCGAAUGGAAAACAUCCUGAGUGGCAACCCUUUACUAAAUCUUACAGGCCCAGUGCAGCCUCAGGCAAACUUCAAAGUGAAGAGAAGAUGGGAUGACGAUGUUGUCUUCAAGAAUUGUGCCAAGGGAAUAGAUGACAUGAAAAAGGACAAAAGAUUUGUAAAUGAUACUCUGCGAUCUGAAUUUCACAAAAAGUUCAUGGAAAAAUACAUCAAGUAGUACAGUUUUAUGUGCUCCAUUGCUGAAAGACUCAAAGGGUCAAGGUGACUUCCCCUCUAUGGUGUACCUCCUCCCCCCCAAAAAAAGAAUAAUGGCUGAAAAUUGUCUCCUGCCAUGAAUUUCCAAAUGCUUUUCCAAGGUCAUUGACAGCAUUUUAAUUGUCGCCUUGUAUCUGGAGUGUUUUAUCCUUUUCAGCAUCAUUUUUUGUUUUAACUAAACCUGUUUCUGUUUAAUUCAGUGGAUAUGCAUUUACUUUUAAUGGCCUUCAUGUAAAUGUUGGAAGAGAGACUGGUUUGCAAUAAAUACUUUAAUUGUCUAAA